GUAUGCCGAGGAACUUAAAACUUACUACCCUCUCCACUACUGUUCCAUCGAUGUGGAUAGGGGGGUGUUCCCUCUGCUGUUUCCUGAAGUCCACAAUCAUCUCCUUAGUUUUGUUGAUAUAUGUUUCAGUAAGAUUGGAUUUUUUAGCAAUGGUUAUCAACUGUACAGCAGGGAUGGAACAUAAGUCUCAGAAAAUUGAGGUUGUGGUGGCAGCUGCAGAGAGGUAUUUGGGUGUGCGAGACUUGACAUCAGAAGAGUUUUUGUGUGUGUUGAGUGGUGAUGUUCCAUCUUUUCAGAUUGUUGGCAUGAGGUAGGACUAAUUAGAUUUAAGUGGAGUAGGGUGGUGUUUAUUUUAUUUUUUUAAUUGAUGAUUUUAGUGUUAGAUGGUAGGGUAUUUGUAAAAACAAUUUCAAGCAAAGUAUAAUGGAGUUGUACUCCAGUUUAGUAGGUUGCAGUAACACAACAUAUUGAAUGCCAACCGCCGUUAAACCUCGUCGAAGGGGAGGCCGUGAAUGGUCCCACACUCCAGUACAGUAGGUGGCGUUGUAUGCACCUCGCGGUUGCGAUCCGCCAAUAAUUUAUCUUCUGUGCGUAAACGGAAGUGAGCGGUGACCAAGAAUAAUUUCCACGUUACCAUUUUUGUGGUUAUUUUGACGUUUAUUAACCCUCUGGAACUCAAAAUAUGAUUAAUUUAACUGUACAGCAUCACACGUUUACCUCGGGUAGUCUUUAAUUCACAUUGGAGACAGGACUUGGUUGAUCUACGUUGUCUAGGUAACGUUAUCUAGAUGCUAAUGUUAGCUAACAAUGGCGACCUGUAUGAUUUUUCACACUCAAAUCGCCUCCAUCAUGGAGGUGCUAGCGAAUGCAGCCGUGGCAGAUAUCUGUAAACUCGUAGACGACGACUAUGCAGUGUUUCGUUUAGAAAUAACUCAAAGCCAGAAAGAAAACAGGGCAUUGCGGAGGAAACUACAGCUACUGGAACUGAAGGUGGCCCGGGAGCGCGUCCUCGCCAGUCGUCCCAGUAGUGUCAAGAUCCUCGACAGACACAGAGGAACGGCAAGAGGUGAAGGACAUCAAACUGGAGGCCACAGGAGCUUUGUGAAGCCAGCAGGACGCAAUACAUGGAGAGAUGAUCAACCAAUCACUGUUGAUGAGGGGAGUGGAACCUCAACCCAGCACGUUAUCGUGAUAGAGUCUGUAGAUGCAGAGGCUGCAGGGCCUGGGGUCAAGCUGGAGAGGUCUGAGGGAGAGGACCCAGGGCAAAGCAAAGACAUCCAGACUGGUGUGCUCCCUGUAGCCACAGAGGACCCCACCACCACGCCGCCCAGAACCCGCCGCAGCAUCACGGCUGUCAAUGGAACACCGGCCGCUGUCCUCAAGUCCGAGACAGACACUGAGACCAUAACUGUAGCACAAAGGCUUUUACAAACAGGAUCUGACCACAGAUCAGAUCCAGAGAGACUGGGGAUGGGGCCACUGGACUGUCCUCCUGCUCCUGGCUCAGAGUACUUACCAGUAUUUCACCACAGCCAGAAGACUGUUAAUUCCUGUGGAAAUACUGAUGGUGAUGCGUUAGACACUGGCGGUGAUGAUCUGUCUUGUUUUUACACGACAGAGAUGGAGCCUGGCAACAUAUCCUUGGGUUUAGAGAGACAGACUGAUCUUUCUAGAGGGGACUGGAACCGAUACAGUAGUAGUGUAUACUCUGAAGGGUGCCUAGAUAAGAAAGGAGAGGUUAUAGCGGUAGAUGAAGUGAAAGUGGAGGGCGACGCUCCUCUUACAUGGAAUGCAGAUGAGACUCACUUAGGAGAAGGACACUCACAAGGCAGAGAUUUCUUAGAUUACAGGGAAAGCUUAGAGACAAAUCCAAAUGUCUCGAGCAUCUCCCCUUUACACACGCUCAGUGAUCGUGCCCCAGUGUCCACGUCGAAGGGGCCUUCCGAUUCACACGGCAUCCUUUUCGAUCAGGUAUUGAACUCAAACAACAGGGCUACAGCCCAGGCUCACGGAAGGGGAGCAACAUCAGGCAGUAGUAAAGAGAAACGGUUCCUCUGCAUGUUCUGUAACAAAGGCUUCAGCUGCCUCCAGAAGGUGGAGAUCCACCAGAGGGUCCACACAGGUGUGAAACCCUUCAGCUGUACCCAAUGUGACAUGCGCUUUGCUGAGGCUGGCAGCCUGAAGAGGCACCAGAGGGUCCACACAGGGGAGAAACCCUACAGCUGUACCCAGUGUCACAUGCGCUUCACCCAGGCUGGCAGCCUGAAGAGGCACCUGAAGGUCCACAUGGGAGAAAGGCUGUUUGCCUGAGGUUCUCAGAGAGGAGCUACCUCAGGAUACCCUAGCAGAAAAACUAUUCCACUUCCAUAGCUUAUUACGUUUAGAUCAAACCCUGCAUUAAAGACAAAGAAUAAUUUUCAUGGUAGUGAGCAGAAAAGAUCCACAGAUGCUUUUCGAAUAACGAGAGUCAAAUAUUUCAUUGUUGAAUAUUCCUGGGAAGUAUAUUGUAUCCAGACAUUGUGUGAUAUACACUGAGUGUACAAAACAUUAAGAACACAUUGCUAAUAUUGAGUUGCACCCCCCCUUUUGCCCUCAAAACAACCUCAAUUAGUCAGACAUGGACUCGAAAGUGUUCCACAGGGAUGCUGGUCCAUGCUGACUCUAAUGCUUCCGACAGUUAUUAAGUUGGCUGUAUGUCCUCUAGGUGGUGGACCAUUCUUGAUACACACACGGAUAACUGUUGAGCGUGAAAAACACAGCAUCGUUGCAGUUCUUGACACAAACCGGUGCGCCUGCCACCUACUACCAUACCUCCUUCAAUGGCACUUACAUAUUUUGUCUUUCCCAUUCACCCUCUGAAUGGCACACAUACACAAUCCAUUUCUCAAUUGUCUCCAGGCUUAAAAAUCCUUCUUUAACCUUUCUCCUCCCCUUCAUAUACACUGAUUGAAGUGGAUUUAACAGCUAACAUCAAUAAGACAUAGCUUUCUUUUGGUCACUUUGUCAUGGAAUGAGCAGGUGUUCUUAAUGUUUUGUACACUCAGUGUAUAAAGAACAUAAGCCUAAAAAGUAUACUUAUUGUAUGUGUACUGUGUAGGCUAAAUGAUGUUCACAUAUGCCUAUUACAUUACAUUGCUUGAACUGCUUUCCCAAGACACUUUUAAUGAAUACAAUUGAUCAAGUUCAUGCAGAUCUUUAGUUGAGACGUGUAUAUGUGGUUUUCAUAUGGUGUAUUUAACACUUAUGUUUAAUGAACAUAAAAUGAUAUUUUUCUAAGGCGA